AUGUAUCCUCAUUUUGCAUGACUUGGACACUUGUAUAUGCAAGUAAAUAUGUCUUAUUCCUAGUAAUACAAUCUGUCCUAGUAGACAUUUAAAUAAUAAAAUUCAGUGUAAAUAGUUUAUCAUAUUGCUUUGCUAGUGAUGUCUCUUUCUCUGUAAACCAAUUUAGCGCUGUUAGAUAUAAUUAAGUAAAUUUUUGCUUGAUUUAGAAAAAUUUUCAUUGAAAUUUCACGUCUCAAAAGUUAGUUAUGACAGAAUUUCAUUUUUAAUGAAUUUAAUUUUUUUUUUAUAAAUACAUACAUGAAUUGUUAUAAUUGAAUCUUUAAAUAAUACUCAAAAAUUUUAGGGUUUACUAACAGAGGGAAUUCCUUUUGAAAGUUUUCCCGCUUGCCUAUCUCUUCCGGCUCAUUCAGGCCCAUAUCCUGUAAAUUUAUUUGGUACGCCGCGUGGAAGAGGUGAAUUGCGCAUUUUAGGAUAUACAACUCAGGUUUUGGGUGUCAAAAGUAAUUGCAAAUUGAGAGAUCUGAAUGGGAUCAAGAGACCGUUCUAUUGUAUCGAUAUCAUUCCGGCACUUCCUCAGUUACAAGUUACAACUUCGCUUCCCAAGGCGAGCACUUUUUCUUCACUUGCUAAUUCCAGUGCUGUCGUAAUGAGUGCUGCGGUCACAAUAUUUGCUGGCGAAAGUCGAGAAUGUACGAUCACUCUGACCAAUACUGGAAAAGAAAUGGUGGAACGAAUAGACAUCAGCGUACAGGUUAAAUCAGAUAAAUCUAAAGAAUCAUCUUUUUUCACUUGGAGCCAAGAAAAUUUAGCGAUGCAACUUCCGAUCACUCCAGGAAGUUCGGCUUGUUUUACUUUGUACAUAAAUGGUCUCGGAGAAUUUGUAUAUCCGACACACAAGAAACCAAUAGAAAGAAUAGGUAAGUAUUAUUUAAACAAUUAGUUUUCUUUUAGUAUAGUUAAUAAGAUCUGUAUCCUCUGUAUAAAACAGAUAAUUGUGAUAGGUUAACAAGUAAAGAAAUUCACUGUUAAAUUUAUAAUAAUAGCAUCAAUAACCAGACAAUAUAUAUUCUGUCAAUGUAUA